AUGGACAUUCUCCAGCGGCUCGCGCGCUUCCUUGACAAGCCCUUGUUUCCCUGGAAGAAGCUCAUUGUUGGCUUUUCAAUUGCUCAAUAUCUUUUUGAAGGCUUCCUUUCUCUGUGCCAAUAUCAAGUUCUGAAGAAGAAACGCCCACCCAAGGUCCUACAGAGCGAAGUUUCCCAGGAAGUCUUCGACAAGAGUCAGGCCUAUGGACGAGCGAAGGCCAAGUUCUCCCUGAUCAGCGGGCUUUAUGGUCAAAUUCAGAACACUGCAUUCAUCUACUACGACGUUCUCCCAAAGCUGUGGGCUCUGACUGGAUCAUGGCUCCUUCGAUUCGCACCCGCUCGGUUUACCGGCGAGAUAUCUCACUCCAUCGUCUUCGUCCUUAGCUUCAUAGUCAUCCAACAAGUGCUUUCUCUGCCGACUUCAAUCUACCAUACGUUCGUCUUGGAAGAGAAGUUCGGAUUCAACAAGCAGACCCCGAAGCUAUUCGUCAUGGACAUCUUGAAAUCACAAAUGCUGUCUUUCAUUCUUGCACCACCUAUCCUUGCCGGUUUCUUGUCUAUCGUUCAGAAGACCGGAAACAAAUUCUUCUACUAUCUCUGGAUGUUCGGAGCUGGUCUGCAAGUCUUCAUGAUUACCAUUUACCCUAUCACGAUCCUCCCUCUGUUCAAUAAGCUCACUCCUCUCCAACCUGGUGAUCUGAAGACUGGCGUGGAAGCACUUGCUCGUCGACUCAAAUUCCCUCUUCAUGAGCUCCAUGUUAUUGACGGUAGCAAGAGAAGUGCUCAUAGUAACGCGUAUUUCUUUGGCAUGCCUUGGAAGAAGCACAUUGUCAUUUACGACACCUUGAUUGAGAAGAGCGAGACAGAAGAGGUUGUAGCUGUUCUUGCACACGAACUUGGUCACUGGAGUCUUGGACACACGACAAAACUCUUUGGUAUCUCCCAGGCGCACUUUUUCUACAUCUUCGCCCUUUUCUCCGUAUUCAUCAACAACCACUCUCUCUAUCAAUCAUUUGGGUUUCACAACGAGUAUCCUAUCAUAAUUGGCUUUAUCCUCUUUUCCGACGCUCUCGCCCCGAUGGAUACAGUCAUCAAACUUCUGAUGAACAUCCUCAGCCGACGAUAUGAGUUCCAGGCCGAUGACUUCGCAAAGAAGUUGGGUUACUCGACAGAGCUCGCUCGUUCUUUGAUAAAGUUGCAGAUCCAGAACUUGAGCACUAUGGAUGCCAACUGGAUGUACGCAAGCUACCACUUCUCUCAUCCAAUCUUGUCCGAGAGACUGGCCGCUCUGGGAUGGUAUGGAGAUUCGAAGGUGGGCGAUUCGGAUUCAAAGAGCGAAAACGUCGCACAGGCGAGUGGGAGGGAGUUGUGA